UCUAAAAUGAGGAAAUGAAGCAGCGACACUUGUUCUAAACAAAAACGUGAUUGAGAUUCAGACAUGAGUGACUUUUCCCUUAACCCUCUUGUUCUGGUUGGUAUUGGAUCCAGUUUUGCAUUUUCUGGUGUUUUUUAUCAUUUAUAUCAGAAUAAAAAACAGGAAGUGGAUGAACUAAAGAAAAUACCAUGUUUUAGACCAGAUCAGCAUUUGGUUAAAGUACUGAAGGCGUCCCGCCACAACAGACUUCACUAUGCUGCUGUUGAAGGUGUGGUUGAAGCGGACACAGAACCUCUGGCGAGCCGGUUUGUGCCGAGAUGCUUUGGAGUCAUUCAGAAGAUAACUAUGCAGGAGCACUGGAAAUACUGGAACUCUGUCAGCAAUAGCUGGGGAUCAAAGACGACCAACAAGAAAGAGACAAACAACUUUGUGCCUUUCAGCCUUGUUAGUCCUGGAUCCUACAUCCCUGAUGUUUUUGUCAAAGUCCAAAAUCCUUUGGAGGUCUCUGGCUUUUUCUUGGAGACCGUCUAUCAGAAAAUGAAACGUGCCGAAGAAGGAUUGGUGGAGAUGGUUUUGGAGGGUCUGAGUGGUGAGAAACCGGUGGGGCUGGAGGAGGUGGAGGAGCUGCUGCGUGUGGGGAGCACCGUGACGGGCUUUGGAGAGGUGGUUCUGGAGGGGGAUCAAGUGAUCAGGCUGCAGCCCCCAAAGGACGGCCGCAAGUACUUCCUGACGCCCACCGACCACAGAGGCUUCAUCAGCCAACAUGAGGGAGUCGCUAGCUUGUGGAAGACGUUGUCUGCUGUAACCGGGAUCACAGGGACUGCCAUCCUCGCCGGUUUGGUUUACAGUUUCUUUGAAAAAAAGGAUGACAGGUCCAAAAAGGUUUGAGGAUCUGGAAGUUUCCAAGCUGCACAGGUGGUGCCACAACCUGACGCUGCUUCAGGAGUCUUCAUGCUGACGCUGAACUGAAGCAUUUGCAAUUUUAAUUUACUGUAAUGUUUUUUUUUACCCAUAAAGUGCCUUGUUUAGUAACAGGGCACAAAAAAUACACAGAUUUCAAAACUUAAAAGCACUCCAAAAUCAAAUCUGUUAAACAAACUCACAUCUAAAAGGGGCCAAAUGUGGACACACUGCAAAAACAGGCACCCAAGAAAUGGGUCAAAAAUUUAAAUUAUCUUUUUUAAAGCCAAAAAAAGAAAAAAAAAAUCUGCCAAUGGGGAAACAAAUGUCUAACCAGGAAUUUCUAUUUUAAGAAAUAAAUGUCUUGUGACUAAGAUGUUUUCUCAAACUAUGAUUAUUUUGCUGUUCUUAAUAGGAUUAUUUUUCUUUCAAGACAGAAAAUGAGACAUUUAUUUUUCUUGACAUGAGGAUCUUUUUACUCUAAGUUUCAGUUUUUCCUUUGUAUAGCAACCAUCUACAAAAUUAAACGCUAACUUGUUACUUAAGUUAGAAUAUGAACAUGAAACAGUUAAUCUGAAACUACUGAAUUUCCGCUUGUGACCUAAUUAUCAAUCAAUGAAUCUAUAUUUUAUUGCUUCUUUUCAGGGAAAAAAGGGGCAAACAUAUUUUUUUAAUAGUUUCUAGCUGCUGAACUGUGUGGGUUUCUCUAAUCGUAUUUUUGCUGGAUUUUCUUCAUUUGAAUCUUUCUUGAAAUGGAUUCAUAUGGGAUCAGUGGUGUUGUCUGCAUUGUAACAGCUGUGUGUGAAAGAGUGAAAGUUGUUCCAUGUCAGAAAUAAUAGUUGUUUAUUUUUAUAUGUACCUCCUGUGAUUGAGCCAAACACUUUUUAUAAGAUCAUACUUGUUCGCAGACAUAUGAUUAAAUAAAGCAACAGCUGGAUCCUGAUGCAUUUUGUGUUAAGAAAGAAUAAAAUAUGCAAACUGC